CGAUUACGAAACAACGAAAGAACCUUGGAACAUUAUCUGAACCUUCUAAAGCUACACACAUCAAUAACCCCUCCACAUAUUCCAUUUUCUUGCAGCAUUGAGUCUUCAACAAUUUACAUAGGAUUGCCGAAGACCAGCUCAUGAAGUUCUCAUCAGUUUUCACCGGCCUCACGGCCCUGGCUCUGGCCAGCGUAGCCAGCGCCGCCGACCGAACAGCAGCCAUCUACAUCCAACCCAUCACGCAAUCGCCCGGCGCGCCAGCACCCCUAGCCGAGAUCCGCUACGACCCAACAACCGUGACCUCAGACGCGGCUGAAGUCACAUCAUACGAAGCGCCCGAGAUACCGGACGAGGCGCGGCUAGUGCGCGUCGGCGUGUAUAACCCGUCAACGAAGAAGUGGGAGUCGUCGACAUCGGUGGCGUCGGUGGAUAACUUCAGCAAGGGAUACUCGCCUACGCUGAUACUGUCUGUCGAUGCGAAGGGCGACGUGUUCAGCGCUGCGCUGAAGGGAGUUCGGAUCGAUGCUGGGCAGACGAGGGAUUUUGGUCCGCAGGCUUUGGUGCUGACUACGGAGCCCGGCAAGCAGCCUGAGUUGAACAAGCCCAUUGUACUCUCCCCCGAGGGCAAUAAGGUGGAGCCGGAGGAGAAGACAUUCUUGCAGAAGUAUUGGUGGAUGAUAGGUAUCGUUCUUGUGAUGACGAUGGCCGGAGGUGGCGAGCAAGGCAAAUAAUAGAUUAUACGGCUGUAGAAAUAUUCAAUUCAGGAAAUUUUGGCUCGAACUCUUCCAAAGAUGUGCUGUUCCUAUGUUCUAUGGAUAAUGUGGCCUACUUAGUACUACAGACGCUCCUAUGACACUUCCUUCGAUAUACCAAGUUACCCAGACUUGAUAUAAAGCAUGCCUCAGUUACUUCAGUAACUCGUUAAGUUAUUCAAACAUGCUACAUAGUAUAUCAAGAACCCACUACCU